AUGAUAUAUGCUUCAAGAAUCGGUAAGGCCGAACUUCAAAACUUUUCAUACUUUUUCGGAAUAUCAUUACUAAGAUUCCGAUUCACGGCCGCUAUUAGCUUCACGACUGCUUUCUUCUCAAGCGGCCAAGUGCUCCCGACCUACCGACUCCGGCAUUCUCCUAAUGGCGGCCUAUUCCAACCAGUCAUGGAAAAGACGCUACUCAUGCUCACUCACCCCACUCUCAGAGGUAGUCUAGCCUCAAGCAACUUAAUCACCAGAGUAUCACCAUCUCCAACAAGCGGAGACGGUUCCACAUCCCCAGAUAGCAUCAUAUCCAAACCACCAGCUUUGUCAGACAAAGUUUCAGCGGCAGCGGAUGCAUCUCAAUCCAAACCUCCAAUAUGGUUACAUAUCUUCCCAGAGGGUCAAAUCUACCAACACCCCACCUUUCAGAUGAGAUACUUCAAAUGGGGCAUCGCGCGCUACAUCCUCGAACUGCCCCAACCACCCAUCGUCCUUCCCAUGUUCUUCACGGGCAUGCAAAACGUCAUGCAUGAGAAACGUUCCUUCCCGCGUUUCCUCCCUCGUCCCGGAAAUACAAUCUCAAUCACAUUCGGCUCUGCUAUCCCAUUGGAUAGGUGGGAUAAAGUUCGUCAGAAAUGGCGCCAGAUCCGUGAGUCUUGUCGUGCGAUUGGUGGUGAAGAAGGGGAGAGACUAUUAAGGGAAGGCCCUGAAGCGGUCAAAUUACGUGUCGAAGUUGCAUUGAUGGUACGAGAUGAGGUGGAGAAACUUAGGAUCGAGUGUGGAUACCCGCCUGCGCAACCCGAGAGCGCUUUGGCUGAGACCUUUAAGGAUAAGAACAGUUAUCUGCAUGAGUUUGAGGCUGAUCCGGAGAAGCAUGUCAAUAGCUAG